AAAAUAUUUUCUAAAACAGGCAAACACCUUCUUGCCCCUUUUACAUCUUUUCAGUGGCUAUGUGGCUCCCAACAGUGUUGGCAGUGUUUCUGGGUGCAGCCCCUGACCUCUUCUUCAGCCAGCAGUCCUUGGAUGAGUCCUUCAGUGACACAAGAGCAGUUGAACCAUCUCACUGCUCACAGGGAUUCCUGGUUGGAAAAGACUUUGGUGGGAAUGACAUUCUGUCGGUGUAUGAAUGGGACCACCAUCAUUGCCAGCUUGCCUGCACUCAGAACUCUCAGUGUUCCUACUUCAGCUACGUGGUUAAAGAAUUCCAUUGCUAUCAAAAGUAUUCCCUUGCUCAACCAACUAUGACAAACAAUCCAGGAAUCAUAUCUGGUUACACUAGGAAGGGCUGCAGUGAAGGUCCAGCAGUAGAGAUACCAGUGUUUACUCUGGUUAGUGAGGGGAGGAGCAUGGCGGAAGCCCAGAAGUUCUGCAGGGAGUACUACAAGGAACUGGCCACCAUCUUCAAUGCUGAGGACCAGAUAGCAGCUCUGAGAGCAGUGUCAGCACAGAGCCUCACUGACGCUGCCUGGGUGCACUCCCAAUACAAUGCUUUUUGUCCCAGAGUGGGCUAUUGGAAUCCACCAUAUGCAAAGUGUGUUGUUCAUGGACAAAGUGCAAAAGUAUGGGGUUUGAGAGAUUGCACAAAUCCAUGUCAAUUUGUGUGCCAGAAAAGCACACAAUCAAACAAUUCCUCAGAGCUUAAAUAUUACAUGGGUCAAGGUUCAUUGACGUGGGAGGGGGCACAGACGGCUUGCCGAGACAAUGGAGAUGACUUAGCGAGCAUCCUCACCCAAGAGGAUUACACAGCAUUCCAAAGCAUAACAGAAACACAGCAGUUUGAUAUGUGGAUCGGACUCUACUGGAAGACUUCUACCAGAACGUGGCAGUGGACCAAUGGGGACCCCUUCCCAUACUGUGUGUCUGAGCCUCAACUGGGUGCUAGUAACUGCUGCUCCCUGACCCGUCAGGGCCAUGGACAGACUGAACACGCCUCCCUGGACAAGAUAGACUGCUCUCUGAAGAGACCGUUCCUUUGCACUGGAAAAAAGAGAAUCAAGCAGACCAUUGUAAGGAUGUCUCUGAAAUCUAACUCAGGAGCUGACCUCAAUGACCCGGUGGUAAAGGAACAGAUGUUGGAGCAGAUCAGAAAGGAGUUUGCCAAGAACGGGAACUUCCUCAAAGACCUGCGCUGGAGAGAACUGCCGAAUGGAGAAGUUUUUCACAAAAUAGUUGAACUUGGAAGCCCUGAAGAAGGUCACUGUGGGUCUGGAUGAAGAGGACCAGCCCUGAUGAUGCAACAGGAGAGGGAUGGAAGGUCCAGGAAAACUAAAAUAGUCAAGCUCUCUGUAAAUAAUCCUAGUACCUCAUAAUAUAUGACCGUAUAUCAAUAACAUUGUCUUAGAAAUAAGAUGUCAAGUUAUGUUAGGCUAGUUUUAAACUCUACAAUGUUUUACUAUUGUAAAAUCAAAUUAGACUUGGUGUAUGAAUUUAAUGUAAUAAUGUUUGUUGUACAUGAGGUCAAUUUGAUUAAUGAAGAGAAGUUUGUAGUUUAAACAUGCAUAGUAACACCUUUUAGUGAGGGAUCUGCAUUGUAUAAUUCUUCAUAAUGAUGUUACACACUCACUCAUGGAUGUAACUGUCGAAUAUGUUUUAAUUAGUGGCAUCAGUAUUACCAUUAUUUUCACCCUCCAGCAAGAAUGGUGAGAUGGGGACACAAAUCACAACGUAGAAGUACGUGCCCACUUCCAGGUGGCAUGGUUCAGAGAACUGUAAAGAUGGAGACAGAGAGAAUGUUGUGGGUGUGACAGAAUGACACUAUCCAUGUUAUCAAGCUAAUCAACGUUUGUAUAUCAUAAUUUUCCCUUUUGUCAUGGUUUGUUGACUGGGUCAGCUAUUACAGUCAUAAACACUGGCUCAUGGAUAGCAGGGGAGAGGUGUGGGGUUCUUGUCCUUAUUCAUGUAGUUGAUGGCUGUUAUACAUUAAUCACCUUGAUAAACCAAACACCACAGAUCAGUUUGUACCUUCACUAAGAUUUGACAACCUACAUUUAAUUUAUCAUGUUGUUAUUUAGCAUUUAUCUAAAUUGACAUAAAGACAGGGAAGUAAAAGCACAUCCUAACUACUUAUGACACUAAACUCCAACUAAAUAGGAUAUCAGGAACUAUAGGCUUUUGUUAACACAAUUGGGUAUUAGGCUGCCAUAGCUCUGCAGGUACUGCAUAGAAAACAGGACUUUACUUAUGAUCACUGGAUACUAUGAUACUCCUAUAUUCAAACAGCAUGUUUCUAGCCAAAUGCAUAGACAGGGGUAGUUGUAAUUACACUGCAGUAUGCUCUUAUUGUACUAUGUACAGGCUACUGCUGUCUAAUUAUGAAAUAUCUUGAUCAACUGACCUCUGAUCUUGAACUCCCUCUCUUUUAUAUUCAAAAUACUGGUAAAUAUUUUUCAGACGGAAGAUAUCUACUCUGAUUGAUUGCUCUGGCUGGGGCCCAUGCUUCACCUCACCUAGCUUCUCUAAACACUGAGGUUUGAGUUAUGAUUGUAAUGCAAUGUGUGGUUAUCAUAUUGUUCAAUAUGAGUGGCCAUGGU